AUGUACGAAGGCAUCGAACUAUCAGCAUGCGACCCAUCGAUGUUACGCCUGCAAUCGCUAAAAAAACUCUUAAUCACUGUGUACAGUCACGUAAAAAUUGCAGCACACGCACGAUUUAAAGUAGGUGACUCGGUACGCGUCAGCAAAUUCAAAACUGUUUUUGAGAAAGGCUAUACACCAAAUUGGACUACGGAAAUAUUUAAAAUCAUCAAAGUACCGCGUACCAAUCCUGUGACAUAUGUAUUGGAGGAUUCCUGUGGAAAACCCAUCGCUGGAGGAUUCUACGAAUAUGAGCUGCAGCGUGUUGCAAAUCCUGACGUGUAUCUUGUUAAAAAAAUAUUACGCAGAAAAGGAGAUGAGGUUUAUGUCAAGUGGUUGGGAUUCGAUGGAUUGCAUAAUUUAUGGAUACAUAAAGACAAUGUUAUUUAA